AUGUCCGGAAUUUUAGUGUUCAAGAGAUGUCUAAGCGAUGCACAAAGGAAAGAUAUUUUAUUAGACUGCUUGAACAAUAAGUUUGAUAAAGUACUUUCCACAAUCAGAAAAAUUGCGCCGGCUGACAUGGAUUAUUCCAUUUUACAAACUAUCUUAUCCAGAGGUUGUUAUCAUGGUCACAUUGAAUCUGUGUCCCAUAUAUGGUAUAAAUAUGUGAGGAGGGAAAAAUCACUCAUUGUGUCACCUCCAUUGCUGUGUGAGAUCGGGACCCUCGCCCUGAAUGAGGGCAAAUAUUACCUUCCAAAACAAUUGCAUUACCAUUUCAAAUUAUUUUUUGGCCCUGAAUCAAAUUCUAGUUUGGGUCAAUAUACAGAAUACGAAUUGCUGAGAAUAAAGGUGGAAAGUUUUGCAAAGGGCACAUCAAGCUCAACAAACUUCAGGGAGAAAUGGAAGGUAUUUCUAGAAGAUGUAGACCAUCACUUUCCGCCAGAUUUUAGGCUCAGUGUGUGGGACUACCCACAUUUGGCAAGAAGCAUCCCCCAAGGUGAUGAUGAUAGAAUAGUUAAAAUGCUAUUUACAGAAGAUCAGAUUGAAAUCGUAAAUAAUCACACUCUUCCCUUGUUGCUAAAUAUGAUUCUCCUGCAAAAGCAGCACAGCAUCGAACGCAAAUUCAAUUUAUUUAGACGAUUUCAUCAAUUCUGUCCAAUACUAAAGUACGACGAUACAUUGACCAUUUUACUCAGGCAGUGUGAACUUGCUUGUGAUGGCUACCGCAUGAAUGUGCUGCUUGAGUAUGUUCAAGAUAACAAGAUGCCGCAGCUGUGUCGCAAGGCCUCGGAAAUUAUGCUUCGUGCAAGGAAGCAAACGAAUCAUGCAACAAUACCGGUUUAA